GUUUCUCUCUGUAUUACAUCACAUGGACUCUCUUGUAAGUUGUAAUGAACAUCCACAUAAUAACAAGUAAAGUAUACCAUAUAUAAGUGAAAAAACAAAAAAAUUGUAGUAAUACUAGUUGGUCUUGCAUUUUAUAAAUUUAUCAAACUUUUUAUUUCACCUUAACUAUUUUACCUUAACUACCUAUAUUGGACCCUCGAUAUUUUGAUAUGAGUCACAUAAAUAGGACACUUGGACACUUCAUUUUAGUUGAAAACCAUUGAAAAUUUUCACAAAAAUAGUCGAGGUCGUAUACUUGAACAUGUACUCGUGUUGGACAUGGGUACUCGAGUUCGAGUAAACACAGGGUAUUGGAAUGGGUAAAAUCAUUUUUUUUUUUUUUCCUUUAUUUGUAUUUUAUUAAGUUUUUUAUGAUUAGGAAAAAAAAAAAAAAACUUGUGGAUCACCGAUUAUCAUUUGCACACCUAAGUGAAUAAAGUGAUGGUGUGUGUAUUGUAUUAGAACAACGCGCAAGAGUGGGGUGCUUCUCUGCAUAAUGCCAAAGUGCCAAUAAUGAAAGUAUGGUAGGCAGACUCCAAUUUGAAACCUUAACCAACCACACACCAGAUAAUAAGUGAGUCAGCUUCCACGUCAACCCGCCAUGUGGUGGAUCUGUUAGCACCCAUCCAAACUCUUUCUUAUCAAGUCUUACAGACCUCACCUUUCUACUACUACAUCCUUCAGCACAAGCCAACCUUUUCAUUAAUCCUGUGCCAAAAUUAGUAGUAAUGGCAGCAGCAGCAGCAACAACAAUGGUAGCAGCUACGCUGGCACGAAAACAGCAAAAUCCGCCAAUGAUGGCAGCACUCCCAACCAGCAUUGGCCAGGCCGUGUUUGGGCUCAAGGCUGGUGCUCGUGGGGGAAGGAUGACCGCGAUGGCUGCCUAUAAGGUUACCUUGAUUACACCUUCAGGUACCCAGGAAUUUCAGUGCGACGAUGAUGAGUACAUCUUGGAUGCUGCAGGAGGGAAUGGGGUGGACUUGCCUUACUCAUGCCGGGCAGGCGCGUGCUCCUCAUGUGUCGGGAAGUUGACUUCUGGUAGUGUAGACCAAUCAGAUCAAAGCUUUUUGGAUGAUGGGCAGAUGGCUGAAGGGUGGGUUCUCACUUGUGUUGCUUAUCCUAUUAGUGAUGUCACUAUUGAGACUCACAAAGAAUCCGAGCUCACUGGUUUUUGAUUUUUUGUACUGGUAAGUGAACAAACUUUAACUUACGAAACUUAGAAAUCGAUCAAUUAUUUUGAAAUGGAGGGAGCUGUUGUUUUGACAUGUUUCUACCUGAUGAUUGUUUUAUGAUACGGAGUAGUAUUUUUAGUGAUCCAA